UUGUUAGGAGCGACUGUUAGUCUUUCUUCCAGGUUCCAUCCCCAGAGCAAUGGUCAAACCGAGCGAGCCAAUCAGGAUGUCGAAAGGGUUUUGCGAUGUUUGGCUUCCAAUAAUCCUUCGUCCUGGUGUCAGCAACUCUCAAUUGUGGAGUACGCACACAAUUCUUUGCCAGUGUCAUCUACGGGCAUGUCUCCAUUUAAGUGUAGUUUAGGGUACCAACCACCUAAUUUUGUCAGUACGGAAUCCGAGGUUUCGGUCCCCUCCGCACACGCACUAGUCCAGAGGUGUCACCGCACCUGGACCAGAGCUCGCAGAGCUCUGCUCCAGGCUAGGUCGCGCACCAAGGCUAAGGCCGAUCGCCACCGGUCGAAGCCUCCCCGUUACGUCGUCGGUCAAAGAGUGUGGCUUUCAACCCAGAAUAUUCCUAUGCGUUCAGUUUCGAAUAAGCUUGCUCCCAAAUUUAUUGGCCCGUUUUCUGUUACCAAAAUCAUUAAUCCGGUAACAGUGCGUCUUAGCCUUCCUCCGGCGUACAGGAGGGUUCAUCCCGUGUUCCAUGUAUCCAAAAUUAAACCGGUGAUUUUUUCCCGUCUUAACCCGCCUGCCCCGGUUCCCCCCCCGCCUCGUAUCGUUAAUGGGGAAACCACGUAUUUGGUUAAUCGUAUUCUGGACUCUAGACGGAGGGGACGCGGAUUUCAGUACUUGGUGGAUUGGGAAGGUUACGGUCCGGAGGAGAGAAGGUGGGUUCCUGCUCGGGACAUACUGGAUCAUCGCCUUAUAGAUGAUUACAAUCUACAGAUCCUCAUUCAUGUUUCAGCCAUACAGUUGGAUUACCGUCUCCCGUGUUCGUGUUCUGGAUUAUGUUCGUGUUGUCGUCUUCGUGUGAGUGUUCCGGUCUGUUCCUGGUUUCAUCCAUUGACCGUCUUCACCUUCACCACCGACUUCACCAUCCAGCACUUUUCACGCCACCGUAGACCUUCUAUCACCAUUGCCUACAUUCUGGACUAGUUUUCAAUAAACCAUUUCUGAUUGCCUGCAUUUGCUUCCUCCUCUCUUACGAGCCGUGACAUUAUAUAGGCUAAUAAAAGCAUGGUAAAUUUUUGUAAGGGAAAAACAUGA